AUGCCGGUGGAUCUCUCGGACGUCUCCUCUUUGGAGGAUGAAUCAAUGCCAGAAUUUAGGCGUGAAAUGAUCUUGGCUGAAAAGCAUGCGGAAAAGCUAAAGAUACAGCAGAGACAGGACCUUUUGGGUAAACAGGAGGUAAAAGAUGCCUCGUUGGACGUCUCUAAUAUGGACCUUUUGGACGAUGGAUCAGAGAGUGAGGACGAGAUUCCGUCAGAAAAUCUCUUUUUCCAGGAGGAUACUCCUGUUCAUUUGGAUCUUUCAUUGGCAAAUUCCACACGACUUUCACAGACUCGACUAAUGAACAUGUUGGAACAUCCAAACUGCAACGAUUACGUCAUUGGUGCCCUUCUCAAUGUCUUUGUUACAUCCAACGAUAUUUCCGCCACAAAUGAAGCGGAGGAUGGAGGCAGAAGCGGUCCAUCGGGAAAAUUGGAUAAACUCAUUCACGAAGUUCAUCCAUACAUGCUGGGUCACCAUGUGGUUUUCCAAAUAGACUCUAUACGCAAGGUCAAGAGAUACGAAGUUCAUGGAAGCAAAUACGGGAGAUGCACCCAUGAGAAUAUUGACUCCAUGGCAAAGCUUGGAUCGCUAGGAAAGUGUGAAUUUAAAAUUGUCGGAAAAGUCUUGUCAAGCUCAUCUGGAGGGGUCUUAUCCACACGCGAAAAAUGCAUUUGCAGCGUAUCUGACAUUUGUAACGCUCCCUUUGUUGAGGAGGCAAUGAAUUUUGGAGACGAUAAAUUAGCUAGAGACUUGCAGAUUGUAUCAUCAAACCUGCAGGCAUUUACCUUUACGGAUGAAGAUGUUCAGGCCAUUUUGGAACGCAAAUUGUUGGAGCAGGACGGCGACGUUGGAAGCUUCAAGGGGAGGAGUGGCCUCAUUGCUGCAAUCCAGAGGAUUUCACACGAGAUUGAACUGCUCGUGGAGGCUGCAAAGAAUGAUCCUUCGCAACUUUCCAGGUUGGCAGAAAGGGAGAAGAAGAAACAAGAGCUGGAAGAACAGCUCAAGAAUUUCAAGGUUCCCACAAAAAUUCCCGUAUUUGUCAAAAAUUCUGCAAUUUUGAGGGCCUCUGAUGACUUGGUUGGAAAGGGUGUGACUAGGAAAACUACAAAACCAACACCCAUGAUUAUGGUUCCUACAAUGAAGACAGAAUCAAGUGAGACUGAAGCAUCUCCAACUGCCAGUCGCUUCACAAAAUCACUCGAGAAUUUGCCUACAGAAAAACAGGAAGAGCUCAUUUCAGCCUAUUUAUCGGUACGUUUUUCAUGCCUUGUAUACAAUGUAUUCAGCAUAUACAAGAUCUUGACUUGGACUCUUGGAUAA